AAGAGCAGAUCCGCUGCAUCCCGUCGCUCUACGCAGUUCCGCAAACUGCGGGUCGAAACUGCCGGCAAACGUGAAACCCCCAGUUGGAUGCGGAUUUUUUAAAUAUCAUUAAAAGCGGCUCAUUGAAAUUUGCCACGCCGUGGCAGAGAUCGCCCUCUCUUGACCGCCAUGUCGAAACGACCCUUUUCAUACUAUUACGAUGAUGGUUCACGGUCACGAAGCUCUUCUCCAUAUCCUGCUGCUAUUCCCCCGAAUGAUGCAGAGCUGACCUUGUCGCUAACUGGGCCUCACAGUAAACCUACCGUUGCAUACUUUUUUAAUGAGGAGGUUUCCGCAUUUCACUAUGGUGAAGGGCAUCCAAUGAAACCUGCACGCCUUGCUUUAACACAUAACUUGGUGAUGGCCUACGGACUAGAUAAAAAGAUGCUUAAUUUUCGCCCACGUGCUGCCACAGAUGACGAGAUUGCGGUCUUUCAUGAGGAUGAUUACAUUGAAUUUUUGAAAAGAGUCAACCCGGGAAAUCUGCAACACUACAGUUCGAUAAUGGGAAAGUUUAAUAUUGGGGUGGAGGAUUGUCCAGUGUUUGACGGAAUGUUUGAUUUUUGCCGGAUAUAUACCGGCGCUUCAUUGGAGGCGGCACGAAAGCUAGUAUCCGGCGUAUCAGACGUCGCUGUGAAUUGGUCUGGAGGAUUGCAUCAUGCAAAGAAAUGGGAAGCAUCUGGGUUUUGUUACGUGAACGAUAUUGUUCUUGCUAUACUUGAGUUGCUAAGGGCAUUUCCGCGGGUCCUGUACGUCGAUAUAGAUGUACAUCACGGUGACGGUGUGCAAGAGGCUUUCUACAUGUCUAACCGCGUGAUGACCGCUUCAUUUCACCGAUACGAUGGGCACUUUUUCCCUGGCUCUGGCUCAAUAGAAGAAAAGGGAACUGGCAAAGGCAAAUACUACGCAAUCAAUGUACCUCUUGCAGAGUAUAUUGAUGACGACGCAUACGCAUACGUUUUCCGCAACGUUAUGACGGAUAUCAUGAGUAUGUUUCGUCCAAGUGUUGUAGUCCUCCAAUGUGGUGCAGAUAGUCUAGCAUCGGACCGACUUGGAUGUUUUAAUCUCAGUAUACGGGGCCACGGACAGUGUGUACGGUUUAUGAAGAGUUUCAAUGUUCCUAUGCUUUGUCUCGGCGGGGGAGGUUACACUGUCCGUAAUGUAGCCCGAGCGUGGACAUAUGAAACGAGCGUCUUGACAGAUACUGAUUUGACGAACGACUUGCCAAAUAAUCCAUAUAUGAGCUAUUACGGACCCGACUACAAAUUGCACGCACCCAUUGUAGACUCGAGUGCGGAGAAUGCAAAUAGUAGACCAAUCACUGGACAGCAUUCGGGAAAAGGUGCGCGAGUACUUGCGGUAUGUGGAGCAUGCACCCAGUGUGCAAAUGCAAGAGAUCCCCUCGGGUGUAGAAAAGUUGUUUGAAUCUGGCGAUUGGGAGGUUGAUGAUUUAGAGGAUGCUGAUGCGGAUCGGAGGGACGAUAUCGGAUUUUACCGUCCCCUACGAGGAAAAGAAAAGGGUCGCGACGACGACAGAGAGUAUUAUGACGGGGAGGAAGAUCAAGACGGGGACGUGCACGACGCAACGGACUUUGAGGAUGAUGAAGAUGAGGUGCUGGAUGUGUAAAUGGCCAGAAGCAAUUGCUCUGGCAGGGAAUUGCCUUUUUUUUUUUUUCUUUUUUAUCCCGGCGUAUUAGACCCGGGCGUUGGAUUUUGUUGCAUAUAUUCUAUAGGAUACUGACUGUACAUAAACGCUUAAUCGACGCUGAUUACUUGUCAUAGAGAGAAUACACACAAUGUUGAAAAAAAGAAAAAAAGGCUAUCUAAUUAC